AUGUGGAAAUCGGCAGCUCAGCCCGCUGAGGCCGAGUCAGCGGGAGCGGUGAUAAGACCGUUGCCUUCGGUCGUAAAGCGGUUCUACUUUAAACAGACUCACGUUGGGCAUAAACAUAGCACGACUACAUUAGCUGUCGCCGCCGCUGCUGUCCUGAGACGUCGAGACGCCCAUCUUCUGUUGCAAUCAUACGAAAUUGAUCUAACGCUGUCUCCAUCUGAG